AUGGCCAAAUCAACUAGAUGCAGAAAACAGUGGGAUAAAAAAGCAAUGGAAUCUGCAAUACAAGCUGUUCGCCAUAAAGAAAUGGGGUAUUUAAAAGCAGCUAAACAGUUUAAAGUUCCUCGAACGACAUUGCAUCGUUUAUGUAAUAAGAUGGAUAUGGAACCGCACAACGCUGCUGCAACUAUAUUGGGUAGAAAAUCCACUCUUGGAGACACUUUAGAAAGUGAGUUACUUAAAUAUGCUUUAUUAAUGGAAUCUAAGUAUUAUGGUUUAACAAGAAAUGAUUUAAAACAAAUGGCUUAUCAGCUUGCUGUACAAAAUAAAAUCAAGCAUCCGUUUUCUGAUGAAUCAAUGAUGGCUGGUAGAGGUUGGUUAGAUAGAUUCUUAAGACGUCAUAAACACACUUUAUCCAUUCGAAAACCAUGUGGAACUUCAUUUGCAAGAGCAUUGGGAUUUACUAAGGAAAAAGUCAAUAAGUUUUUUGAUAUCCUAGAGGCAGAGUUUGAAAAACAUAAUUAUCCACCUGAUCGUGUGUACAACGUUGAUGAGACUGGGUUGACUGUAGUGCAGAGUAAAGUUUCAGAAGUAAUUGGUUUAAGAGGUAAACGUCAAAUCUCUUCUUUAACUUCAGCUGAGAGAGGUAGUCUUAUCACAGUAGUAGCAGCAAUGAGUGCUGGGGGGACAUUUAUACCACCGUUGAUGAUAUUUCCAAGGAAAAAUAUGAGUCAACAACUAAUGAAGGGUGCUCCAGCUGGAGCAAUUAGUGCUUGUCAUCCUAGUGGAUGGAUUCAAAGUUAUAUUUUUGUUCAAUGGUUUGAUCACUUUAUUGAAAAAACUAAACCUUCCGAGACUUCACCGGUUCUUUUAAUAUUAGAUGGCCAUUACAGUCACACUAGAAAUUUGGAAAUCAUAGAAAAGGCUAGAGACAACUUUAUUACUAUAAUUUGUUUACCACCACACACCACACACAAGUUGCAGCCACUUGACAAGACAUUUAUGGCUGCUUUAAAGACAUAUUAUAGUGAACAAAUACGUUUGUGGAUUCGUCAAAACAAUAGAAGAUUGAGUCCUUUUGAUGUCGCUGAGCUAUUUGGUAAAGCAUAUCUUAAAGUUCAAACAGGGGAAAUUGCAGUAAAUGGUUUCCGAGCAACUGGGAUUUAUCCUAUUAAUAGAAGUAUUUUUAGUGAUGCAGAUUACAUAGCAGCUGAAAUGGAUGCAUCUAAGAGAGGAGAAGUUACUCCAGCAGAACAAGAGUUUAAUGAGUGUAUACCAGAAAAUAUUCAAAAUCAUCAAGAUGCACCACAGGUAUCACCUGGACCUUCAUUUGAUAUUCAUAAUCAAAUAAAUAGUCCUACUCAAAACCAAUGUUCCUUUGAAAUAGAUCAAACGCCUGGAACAUCAAAUACAACAGAAAAAAUAAUAUCUCCAUUUAACAUAGCACCAGUUCCUAUAUCAAUACCUAGUACAUCCAACAGAGGACGAAAAGCAGCAACAACAUGUGUAAUAACAUCAUCUCCCUACAAAAAUGAAUUGGAAAAAACAAUUAAAAGUAUUCCUAAUAAAAAGUCAAAAAAUAUUGAUAAACAGAUUCCAAAGAAAAAGCAAGUUAAAAGAAAACUUACGUUUGUGAAUAAUUUAAAUUCAAUAACAAACCAAAACAAAACGGGUGACACUAGAGGUGAUUAUUUAAAUGAUGAUAACUCUGAUUUAGAUGUUGAACCUGGUCACCUUGCACCAGAUUCAGAAGACGCUUCAUGUAUUUUUUGUGACAUGAGAUUUUCAGAUGACAAAAAAGGAGAACUCUGGAUACAAUGUUUAACUUGCCAAUUAUGGGCACAUACUGAAUGUGCUGGACCUGAAAAUGACCACUAUAUCUGUGAUUUUUGCAAAUAA